AUGGUGGGUGAAUGUGGCCACGAAGGGGAAUCGAUUAAAGCAGAUGUAGUCAAAAAGGUUGUUCGGACAUUAAUGGAGUCGCUCCGAACCCCUAAGUUAAGUCAACAUAUCAUUAAGAUUCCUCAAAGGUUUUACAAGAUUUUGACUUUGACAAACACACUCGAACAACGGGAAUCCGUUCCGCCACCGCCUCCAAAGGCUAAAACCGCAGCCGUUGCCAUUCAGCUCCACCUCUCCUCUGAACCAUCAGGACAGAAGCAGCCAAUGGAGUCCGUCGGAAGUCCGCCAGCCAAGGCGGAUAUGUAUGAUUCAAAUGCAAUGAUAUUACCAGGGAAGAAAGAAAAGAAAAAUAAGAAAAAUCAGGUUCCAGGCAAGCUUAAAGGGGUAUCAGAACCGAAGUUAAGCAAGUCCCAGCAACGGAAGUUGAAGAAACUUGAGGAGGAGAAGGAGAAGGCUGAUCUUUUAUCUCGGAGCCUUGAUACAUUAAAGAAGUGCAAAUUAAGCGAUGAUGUUUAUUCCCUUAUGUGGUCUUCAAGGAACUUGGGCCAGGUUGAAACUGUUCGUGAGAAACGCCAGAGAGAAGUCCAUUAUUCUAAAGCUGGUUUACAAUUGCCACAUAGUCAUCAACCCAUUAAGAAGAGGGCAAUCGAUCGUUUUGCUGAUGAAGUUGAGCAUUAUGAUGAUAAAAUUGAGUUAAAGAGCUACAACUUGACUCAAGAACAAAGAGGAGUGCUAAAUAACAGUUCUAUCUCCUCCCUAUCAUCUGAAAAUCUUAAUGUCCAAGAUGAUGUUCAUAGUCCUAGACAUGCCGACAUUCCACGUAAACUUGGGGCUGGUGAUGACAAGAUGAUGUUGUCUAGGCCGGAGUAUCUGCAGAAGUCUUUAUCUAGUUGUGGUGGUGAUGAUAAGGAUAAAUGUGACGAAGAUAAAAGAUAUGAUCUGACUACGAGUUUCCCGGCUAACUCAGAAACAAGAAGAUCUCUUGCCUCCUCAGGGCUGAAACAGAAAGAUGUUCCUGAAACUCCUCUUGAUAAUUCAAGGUUUCAUUUUUGCCCUUUUCAGGAGAGAAGUUUGGUUGCCCCAACAGUGGUGCAUGUAUCUAGACCUAAAGAAGUAGAAAGUCAGAGGAAAAAUCUUCCAAUUGUAAUGAUGGAGCAGGAGAUAAUGGAAGCUAUAAAUGAGAAUGCGAGUGUGAUAAUUUGUGGUGAGACUGGUUGUGGGAAAACCACCCAGGUUCCUCAGUUUCUCUAUGAGGCUGGUUACGGUUCAAAGGAUUCAAGUAUUCGAGGUGGAAUAAUUGGUGUCACACAACCACGCAGGGUAGCUGUACUUGCAACUGCAAAGCGUGUAGCAUUUGAGCUUGAUGUUCGUCUAGGGAAGGAGGUUGGAUUUCAAGUUAGGCAUGAUAAAAGGGUUGGAGACAAAUGUCAUAUUAAAUUUAUGACUGAUGGAAUUUUACUUCGGGAAAUUCAGGCUGAUUUCUUAUUGAGGCGUUAUUCAGUCAUAAUCCUGGAUGAGGCUCAUGAGAGAAGCUUGAACACUGAUAUCCUCAUAGGGAUGCUAUCUCGAGUUAUACCAGAGCGUCAGAGACAAUAUGAAGAGCAACAGAAGAAGAUUCUUUCAGGAGAAUAUAUAAACCCUGAAAACAGGAUAUAUCCUUUGAAACUUGUGUUGAUGAGCGCUACUUUGCGGGUAGAGGAUUUUAUAUCUGGUAAGAGGAUUUUUCAGAGUCCUCCACCUGUUAUAGAAGUCCCAACAAGACAAUAUCCAGUUACUGUGCAUUUCUCAAAGAGAACGGAUGUUGUAGACUAUGUAGGCCAAGCUUAUAAAAAGGUACUCUCAAUUCAUAAGAAGCUACCACCUGGUGGUAUACUUGUCUUUUUGACUGGACAGAGAGAAGUUGAAUACCUUUGUCGGAAGCUACGUAAAGCUUUGAAAGAGAUUAUUGAUAAAGUUGCCAAUGGCCAUGAUCAACCAGCUUCUGAGUUUGGAGAUAGUCCCACUGAGUUAAAUGACAUGAAGGAUAUCAAUGAAGCCUUUGAAAGUCAAGGGAGCUCCAACUGUGAGAUAACAGACCGCUUCAGCUCUUACGAUGGAGAUUAUGAUGAUCUUUCAGAGGAUGAUUCGGAAUCCUACUAUGAUUCGGAGGAUGAUAGUGAUUUGGAGUUCACCAAUCCGGGUGAAAAUUUGUUAAAUCUGAAGUCCCCCGAGUCUGAUGACACUCUGACAAAUGUUUUACAGGAGGAUGGAAAUCUUAGUUCACUGAAGGCUGCCUUUGAAGCUUUGGCAGGAAAGAGAGGUUUUGAGCCUGGCUUUGAAGGAAAUGGAGCCUCUUCCAUGGAUCCUGAAGUAGCUACCGAUGAAUCUGAUUUGGUAUCAGGAAGGACAAUGAAAGUAAUUAGUGAUCAUGCUAUUGGGCCCAUGCGCAUUUUGCCACUUUAUGCUAUGCUUCCUGCAUCCUCCCAGCUUCGUGUAUUUGAAGAAGUCAAGGAAGGUGAACGUUUGGUAGUGGUCGCAACCAAUGUGGCUGAGACCUCGUUGACAAUCCCAGGUAUAAAGUAUGUGGUGGACACCGGAAGACAGAAAGUGAAGAAGUAUGACACUAAUAACGGCAUGGAAGCAUACGAAAUACAAUGGAUUAGUAAGGCUUCUGCUGCUCAGCGUGCUGGAAGAGCUGGAAGGACUGGUCCUGGCCAUUGUUAUCGUCUUUACUCUCCUGCUGUCUUCAGUAACAUAUUCCCGGAGUUUUCAGAUGCUGAGAUUUUAAAAGUACCCGUUGAUGGUGUCAUUCUCCUUAUGAAAUCAAUGCAUAUUGGGAAGGUUGCAAAUUUCCCAUUUCCAACUCCUCCAGAGGUAACAGCCAUAGUUGAAGCUGAGCAUUGCCUCAAGGUGCUUGGUGCUCUUGAUAACAAAGGACAGCUAACUAUGUUAGGCAAGGCCAUGGCUCGGUAUCCCAUGAGUCCUCGCCAUUCCCGGAUGCUCCUGACAGUUAUUCAAAUCAUGCAAAAUGUGAAUAACUAUCCUAGGGCAAAUUUGGUAUUGGGUUAUGCUGUUGCAGCAGCAGCUGCGCUGAGUUUGUCAAACCCUUUUACAGUGCUCUCUGAAGGAAGCCAGAAAGAGAAUGAUGAAACCAGACAGGGUGACAAGUCUGACACAACAGAUGAUAAGAAGAUAUUAGACAAAUUGAGAAAAAAGAAACUGAAAGAAACUGCUAAAAAUUUCCGUGCUAAAUUUUCUAACCCUAGCAGUGAUGUGUUAACAACUGCUUUUGCUCUACAAUGUUUUGAACUGUCUACGAAUCCGGUGGAGUUCUGCAGUGAUAAUGCCUUACACUUAAAGACCUUGGAGGAAAUGUCUAAGCUGAGGAAGCAGCUUCUUCAACUGAUAUUUAGCUCCAAUGUUUCAGAUUCGCUAUCAGAAUUUGCAUGGACUCAUGGGGAAAUCAAUGAUGUAGAACGUGCUUGGAGGGCUCCUGCAGAAAAGAAUCCUCUUUUGCUUAAUGAAGAGGAGAUUGUGGGCCAAGCCAUCUGUGCUGGCUGGGCUGAUAGAGUUGCUAAGCGCACUAAAGGGACAUUAGGUUUGUCAGAAGGAGAUAGAAAAGUUAAUGCAGUCAGAUAUCAAGCUUGCUCAGUGAAGGAAACAGUAUUCCUCCAUAGAUGGUCAUCUCUUUCAAAAUUUGCCCCCGAGUUCUUGGUUUAUAGUGAGCUCUUGCUUACUAAAAGGCCGUAUAUCCACGGAGCUACUUCCGUUAAAGCUCCAUGGCUUGUAAAAUAUGCUCAAUCAAUGUGUAGUUUUUCUUCACCCCAUUCAGAUCCGAAACCAUAUUAUGACCCUGAAGCGGAUCAAGUUUUCUGCUGGGUUACUCCAACAUUUGGCCCUCACUUAUGGCAACUUCCCCUACAUUGUUUGCCUAUCAUGGAUGAUAUGAAUCGAGUGGCAGUGUUUGCCUUUGCUUUACUUGUAGGCCAAGUUCUGCCUUGUAUAAAGCCGGUCCGGAAAUUUAUGGCAGGAAAUCCAGCUACCAUUUUAAGGCCAGAAGCAUCUGGUGUUAAACGAGUUGGGAAUCUUUUAAAUAAACUGAAGGGCAGGAAGGGGGUAAUUGACAAUUGCGCAAUGUUACGGCAACUAUGGAAAGGUAAUCCUAGAGAAUUGUUUUCUGAACUGCAGGAUUGGUUUCAAGAAGGAUUUCAUGAUCAUUUUGAAGAGCUUUGGAGGGAAAUGCACCGUGAAAUUCGAUUAAAUCCAACAGAUCGCUUCUCCAGACAGCUGAAGAAAACAAAAAGGAGGGUGUAAUAACUUUCCUCACUUCUGGUACAAUGCAGUAUAUGGCUGGAUGAAUAUAUAUCCUCCAGGUCACCUGGAUAAAGAAAGUUAGUAUUGUGGAAUCAAGAAUUUCUCUAUGCUCGAACUGUUUGUGCCUGAUCAGGUUGAGAUUGUUAAUCUUGCUGAAGUUGGUACGCAAAUUUUUGACCUUAUUGUCCCACCUUGUAGAAAUUAAGCUUAUAGUGAAAUGCAUCUGUUAAGCAAAACUUUUUAGCACCUUUUAUUAUGUUUAGGUCCUGGGAUUAUGUCCAACAAACCCAUGCUGGUACGAGAAAAACAGUGACCAGAUUAAGGCACAAGUUAAAUGUAAUUGAGGUGCAAAUAUUUCUCCCCUUAGGAACAGCACAAUUAUUUUGCUCGUGCAUUAGAAAUACUCCUAAAGUAUCAGGAAGUGAAAAUUUAACUGGUGCUGGUUUUGAUCCUCUGUGCAGCUUUAGAAAUCAUAUUCCACAGAACAUUCCAUUUAUAAAUGGAAUUGAGAAAUCAUAUUCUAAAAAUUUAGAAAUCAUAUUCUACAUGAACAAAAUCGAAUGUGUUUCUCCUGGAACUAGUAAACCG